AUGAGGACUGGCAAGGGCGAGGAUCCCAGUGCCAAGGACGCGAAGGACAAGAGACCAGGAAGUCUAAGGAGAUUCCCGCCACCUUUCGGGGUCCUGGGCGAGGCUGCGGAAAGGAACACAAGAUUAGAGGCCGCGAGGAUGACGACCACGCCCGACGUCAUCGCCCUGUUCAUCCUCCUGCUGCUGUUCCUGGCCAGCGGGAAAUGCGCCGGGGCAGCACUCACGCGGACCCCAACAGAAAAUAAUGUAGGCAUUUGUCACAGCGUCAGGACCAAUAUACUAGUCUUGGUCUUCAUAAAUAGCAUAUUGAUCACACUCACGCAAACAGUACCAAACCGAAGUGAUCGCGAGAUGGUCCCGUCGAACUGCCUAAGCCAUGACCUCUUAGGUCGUCCCACGGACUUUCUCCACCCUGUUUCUCAGAGAGACAACCUGACGGGCAAGUCCCAUGCCAGUCUAGUUGGACUCGUGGUCCUACCAAUUGUACAGACAUCUACAAAUGCUCUUGAGUUCCUGGCUCCUGCUGCCAGACCAAUCCGUCUCCUGUCAGCACUUUCAAUGCUGCGGUUCUCGAUGCAUCGAGUCAACGCCUUCUUGAGGGAUGACCCUGCCCUUCAACAGGUCAAGGGGAACGACGAUGCGGUCGGACUCGGCUGGAAUUGGGAGAUGUGGUGGACCUACGACGGCAUCUCAGGUCCGGAGUUCUGGGGCGUGAUCAACCCUGCGUGGGCGAUGUGUUCGGAGGGGCGCCGCCAGUCCCCCAUCAACCUGGACCCCCGCACCCUCCUGCACGACCCCAACCUGACCCCCAUCACGCUCGACAAGACGCAGGUCCACGGUCAGCUGGUGAACACAGGUCACAGCCUCGAGUGGCGUGUGAGGUCAAACGGGCCGACGGUGAACUUGUCUGGAGGUCCGCUGUCUUACGUGUACACCGUGAGUCACCUUCGACUUCACUUCGGCGAGAGAGAUUUGCAGGGAUCCGAACACACCGUGGCGAACUACGCUUUUCCUGCUGAGCUCCAGAUCUAUGGCUUCAACGCCCAGCUGUAUCGCAACUUCAGUCAGGCGGCCAGUCAGGUGUAUGGCGUGGUGGGCGUCGCCGUGAUGGUCCAGCUGGGAGACGAAACUACCCCCGCGCUGGCGUCGAUGCUGGAAAAUUUGUCAAGUGUCAAAUUUGGCGGUGAUUCCUACUUGUCCAUACGACCCUCGAGGCUCAGCGACCUGCUGCCAUCUACCGAGCAGUACCUCACCUACGACGGCUCCCUCACCGUGCCAGGCUGCUACGAGACUGUCACGUGGAUUCUGCCCAACAAGCCUAUAUACCUCUCCUUCGCCCAGAUGCGCAACCUCCGGAGGCUGAAGCAGGGCACGUCCGACUUCCGGCGCAACGCCCCCGUCGCCAACAACUUCCGGCCGCUACAGUCUGCUCAUCACCGCACCGUCCGCACCAACAUUGUCUUCUCCGGCAGGAUGCUUAUCCUGAAGGUCAAAGACGCGUAUCCUGAAGGCCACGUAAGGACUCGCCUCAGAAAGCCCGCCGAGGACGACCGCUGA